GUUUCUUCUUCUUCUUCCUAUUCGAUCGUCUUUCCAAGUCCACGGCACGGCACACAACCAGCAGUCGAUCGGUCACAUUACAGCACAACCCAACCAAGCCGUCAUGCUCAUGCAUCUCUCUCUCCUCUAUAAAACCCAAGCCUCUCCCGCCCUUUUCGCCAUAAUCCUCCAAACUCCCCUCUCCCUCCUCUCCCAAUCUCGUCGAUCGGUGGAUCGGCGCUAUCUACCUUGCCGUUCUUGCUGAAGGCCUGAAGCUAUAUAACAUCUGCACAGAGCUAGCUGUCUAUCGAUUAAACUAGUGAUCAGUGAAGAAGAUGGCGGCGCGUGAUCGCCGAGAGCUGAGCAGCGACGAGGAGUCGGCGGCGGCGGCGGCCGGAGACCUCCGCCGCGGGCCGUGGACGGUGGAGGAGGACAUGCUCCUCGUCAACUACGUCGCCGCGCACGGCGAGGGACGCUGGAACGCGCUGGCACGAUGCGCAGGGCUCCGGCGGACGGGCAAGAGCUGCCGGCUGCGGUGGCUCAACUACCUGCGGCCGGACCUGCGGCGGGGCAACAUCACGGCGCAGGAGCAGCUGCUCAUCCUGGAGCUGCACUCGCGGUGGGGCAACCGGUGGUCCAAGAUCGCGCAGCACCUCCCGGGGCGCACCGACAACGAGAUCAAGAACUACUGGCGCACGCGGGUGCAGAAGCACGCCAGGCAGCUCAACUGCGACGUCAACAGCCAGCAGUUCAAGGACCUCAUGCGCUACAUCUGGAUGCCGCGCCUCCUCGAGCGCAUCGGCUCCGACGACUCCGGGGACGGCGCCGUCGUUAUCGACGCCGCGGUGCACGCCGACGCCACGCCGUCGCCGACGCCGACGCUGCAGCCGCAGCCGCAGCCGCUCCUCACGGCCGCGGCGUGGCCGGUGGACGACGUCGAGCUGUCCUGCACCACCGCCGUGUCCUCGUCGUCCGUGUCCACGGACAGCAUGCACCACCACCAGCAGCUCGCCGCCGUGUCCCCGCCGCCGCCGCCGCCGCCGGCUGUGGCCUCCGCCGCCUUCGGCGAGAGCAACAACGACGGCUCCUACUACGGUAUCGACAACAGCAACACUGCCAUGUCCAUGUGGGACACGCUAUGCCAACCACCGCACUCGACGACGGCGCAGCUGGCGGGCGCCGGGACCUGCGGCUGGUCCGACGAGUCUCUGCUGGUCGUCCCUUCUGGCCUCCUAGGCGACGGCGGCGUGUACGCCGACAUGGGGUUCCCGGACCUCUGCGACACCGACACCAUGACCAUGUGGGCCGCCGGCGCCGGCUCCAGCGCCGACGACCUGUGGUACACGCAGACAAUGGGGCUGUGAAACUAAAGCAAGUCGCCGGCCGCUUGGAUUUGACCCCUGCCCUGAUGGAUUUCUAGCUGCUAGCCCGGUGGAGACGACGGGCGGCGAGUUAAAUUAAUUAGUAGAUGACAAAACACACACAAGCAGCAGCAAAACAAGUCUAUACAGUCGUCGUCGAGACGGGGUGGAAGAAGGAGAAGGCCAUUAUUGGGGUGGCUUUUGACCUUGAAGACUGAAGCCAUGCGUCUUCGUCUUCGUCCCACUUUGCCCGCCAAUAAUUUUUCUUCUCCAGUUCUUGCCCAUCGUCUCUUCAUUCUCUGCUAUAUAUAUACUUUUUCUAGCUAGCUUUAUUUAGUAUGGUCAUGGAGUAGCAGCUAGCAGCACACUAGCUAGUUUACCAUCAGUUUGUUUUUUUUUUCUCUUACUGUUUCCUCAUCCUCACCUCCAUUGAUUCUUUGUGGGUAAAUAUCGGAGUGGUUAUUGGUUUGUAACUUUGUUAAGUGUCUGAUGAUAAUCCUAGAAAAAAAAUCGAUUGGAAAUAAAAGCUGAAUUGAAACACCACCACUGGUGGGUGUUUAGUUUGUUCA